AUGGCCUCUGCCAAAGAAGAUGUCAUGGAUGAAAGAACGGUGGACAUUAAAGAAGAGGACUCUGAGGAUUUGAAUGAUUUCUCAGGUUGUCUUGAACUUCAAAAGCAUGAAACUGAGGAUAUUUUCAAGCAAGAUGCGUGUGAAGAAUCUCCAUCAAGUUUACAUCCCUGGUCCAGUAAUACAGGACGAGUGGCUACACGGGAGAAUUCUGCAGAGCUGAAAUCAGAGUUAUCAGAGUCUGAAGAGAAAAUCACCGAGGGAAAUGGGAGAGAAGGAGAAGAGUCACCUGGGAGUGUUGGAAUAAAUUUACAGAAGAAUGGCAGUUUCUCUCCACCUUCAUUUGGUCAGCCCUCUCUUAAAUACAAUGAGAAAGGUUUGAAUAAAUCAGCAAGACGAUCAGAGAACCUGACAGCAGCCUUUUGGUCGUGCAGUUCUCUCCCUGCUACUGGAGCAACACAGACAGAAGCCAUCAAAACUGAUCGACAGGAAGUGGAGAAAGAAAUCCAAAUUCACACUGGAAAAAAAUGUGUGGAAUGUGGCAAACAAUUCACACACAAAAGUAAUCUUAAUAAGCAUAUAAAGAUUCACACAGGAGAAAAACCUCAUUGCUGUUCAGAAUGUGGUAAGACCUUCUCAAGGAGAACCCACCUUCAGAGGCACAGAAGAAUCCACACAGGAGAAAGGCCUCAUUGUUGUCCAGAAUGUGGUAUGUUGUUCUCAAGCAGAAGCAAUCUUCAGAGACACAGAAUAAUACAUACUGGAGAAAAACCUCAUUGUUGUCCAGAAUGUGGUACUUUGUUCUCAAGCAGAAGCAAUCUUCAGGUCCACAGAAGAAGCCACACAGGAGAAAAACCUCAUUGUUGUCCAGAAUGUGGCAAAUUGUUCUUAAGGAGAAGCUGUCUUCAGAGACACAGAAGAUUACACACUGGAAAAAAACCUUAUUGAUGUUCAGAAUGUGCCAAACAAUUUUCUGGCAAAUGCAGUUUUCAAAGGCACACAGAAAUUGAUACUGGAGAGAAGCCAUAUUGCUGUUCUCAAUGUGGAGAAAGGUUUAAAACAUUAGCUUUGUUCAAGUAAACACACAAACUCCCACUAAAGUGAAAAUACAGUAUGUACGUUCUGAAUGUGGUAAAUGUUAUACAAACCAAAAUGCCAAAAUCCAUACGGAAGACAAAUCUCAUUGCUGUUCUGAAUGUGAGAAACGAUUCUUAUAUUUAUUCUCACGUCAGUGCCACGUCAGAACUCAUACUGGAGAGAAACCUUAUUAUUGUCCUGAAUGUGAUAAGCAGUUCUCACAACAAAGCACCAUAAAAAGUCACUGACGACGUCACACCGGAGAGAAACUUGGCAAUUGUCAAACAAUUCUUACACCUCAAUUUUCUUUAUAAUCAUAGGAGAAGUCAUACUGAAGAGAAGCCUUAUAGUUGUAAGGAAUGUGGAAUGCGAUUCUUAUAUAACAAUUCUCUUCACAAUCAUAAAAUAAUUCAUUCAGGUAAGAAACAAAGCUUUUCUGACUGUGGAAAGCUUUUCUCAGACAGCAUAACUCUUAAAGAUUACAUGAGAAUUCACUCUGAAGAGAAACCUUUUUGCUGUCCGUAGUGUAGCAAACGAUUCUCACAUCAAAGCGCACUUAGGUGCCACAGAAGGAUUCCCACUGGACAGAAGCAGUACACCUGUUCUGAAUGUGGUAAAGGGUACUCUUCCAGAAAAAGUUUUCAGAGACAUGAAAAGUCAUAUUGAAGUAAAGCCUAUCCAAGAAAUGACAAAUCAUCUUUAUAUUUGCUCCUUAGGCAAAAAAAAAAAAAAAAA